AUGUUUGGUCGUCGCGUCUUUGCCAGCGCAAGUCUGCCGCGCCACAUGUGGGCCUCCCUUCACAUUCAAAACAAACGGCAGGCGCAGCGCGUCCUCCCGUCCCUCACGCCGUUGGCGUCACUUAUGGCGUCUUGCCAGCUUUCUUCUGUCGCCUCAGUGCUGAGUGUAUCGCAGUCGGUGGGCGUCAUGGAGCCACUUCAUGGCGAUGAAGAUCCGCUGAUGUCGGCGGCGACGAUUGCGUGUCAUCGUGGCUACCUCGCUGCCCUCACGGCCUCCUGGUGUAUGCCUUUGAGGACCAUAGUGUGGAUACUAGAUAGUAAAGUUCAACAUGUGUUCCCGCGAGUUAUAUCGACUGUUAGUGUGGGCGUGGAGACGGAGAGGGGAGAGGAGAGGAGGAGGGUGCAACGCCCGUGA